AUCCUCAACUCCGUCCAGCAUGAGUUCAGCCGCCGACGUCUCGGCCGGAGACGCUGAGCUGCGGCACCGCCAUGCUCACGAGCAAUCACCAGACGCAAGGGGCAACACCAACCCCAGUUCUGCGGUGCCAAUUGAAUCGCCUACGGCUACCCAGGAUGCCCAAGAUGGAGGCAUUGAUAAGCCAAAGAAGACCUUUGGCCGUACACCGGAUGGCACAGUAUUCGUUGUGCCGACUACGCACGACAUGGUUUCGCAGCUCCUUGACCCGCGACAGCCAAAGAACCUUUCGGACGCUGUUGUGCUAGCUAUCCUAGCAUUGCACAUUUUAGCAGCAUAUGUCUUGCCGGCUGGGUACAAGCGACCUGUGUUCGCGGCCCUCUUCCUCUUUUGGAGAGCGUCUUACAAUGUUGGCAUUGGAUACCUGCUGCACGUACAGUCUCACCACCGGCGCCUCAUUACCUGGGCCAAGCGAUGGAAACUUUUCGAGAACCCGAGCACUGGGAACAAUCCUCGCCCAUGGUUGUACAAGCUGCUCAAGCGGGAGCUCGAGGCCAAGAUUCCCCAGGACUAUGAGUUCGAGAAAGCACCCAUCGAGUACAACACAUGGCUGGUUUUCCGGAGGGUCGUCGACCUAAUCCUGAUGUGUGAUUUCGUUUCAUACUGUCUGUUCGCCAUCGUCUGUGGCCACACGCCAAAAGGCGAGAGUUUGCUCAUUGGAUGCUCGCGCUGGCUUCUCGGCAUUGCGCUGGUCGGAUUCAACCUCUGGGUCAAGUUGGAUGCUCAUCGUGUUGUCAAGGAUUUCGCGUGGUAUUGGGGCGACUUCUUCUACCUCAUCGACCAGGAUCUCACUUUCGACGGUGUCUUCGAGAUGGCUCCCCAUCCCAUGUACUCGAUCGGUUAUGCUGGCUAUUACGGUAUAUCAAUGAUGGCGGCAAGCUACGAGGUGCUCUUCAUCUCCAUCCUUGCCCACCUUGCCCAAUUUGCGUUCCUUGUGACGGUGGAGAACCCUCACAUUGACAAGAUUUACAACCCUCCGGCUCCGAGAGAAAAAUCUAGGCCCCGAAGCCCAGUCGAUUCCACUGUGGCCUUUGAUUUGUCUGCCGAGGCUCCUUACUCCGGAUCAACAGCCAUAUCACAGAAGGAUCUGCCAGAGCCUGUACACAACCUUGUCGGUCUCAGCAACAUUGAUCUCUUCCGAGUGCCCGACUGCGUGGUCGUCAUUCUCCCAAUCUACGUUGCGGCCCUGGUUUUCGCCACACCUGCAACAUCCACGUGGAAGGCAAUCUUUGUCGCCCAUGCCCUUGCGUGGCGGAUAUGGUACCACGCUGGCCUCGGCUUCUUGCUGGAUCAACAGUCCAAGUCAAAGAUGUGGACUCGCCAUUUCCUUAAAUACGGCGAGAGUGCUGGCGAGGCAUGGCGCCAGUGGAAAGGCAUGUACCACAUCAGCAUGGUCAUGUGCAACACAUCCUUCAUCGCAGCUUGCUGGAAGAUGUACAAUGUGCCUGAAGACUGGGGCUACGGCUUUGCUCUCUUCAAGCACGUGCUGGGCGCUGGGCUGAUUGCUUUGCAGCUAUGGACGGCUUUCAGUGUCUAUGAGUCUCUUGGCGAAUUUGGCUGGUUCUGCGGCGACUUCUUCUUUGAUCACGAAGCCAAGCUGACCUACACUUCCAUCUAUCGAUUCCUCAACAACCCUGAAAGAGUUUUUGGAACCGCUGGCAUUUGGGGUGCUGCUCUCAUCACUUGGAGCCGAGCCAUCUUCAUCAUUGCCCUGGUCACGCAGAUUCUCAAUGUCAUGGUGAUUGCAUUUGUCGAGCGACCCCACAUGCAGAAGAUCUACGGAAGAAGCAUUCGCCAGGAGGCCGGCCUUACCAAGUUCAUUAAGCGAUCAUUGCCACCGCCAGUCAAGGUAUGGCAGGAAAGCGUCGACAAAGUCCUGGAUGACACGACGCACUUUGUCGAGGAAUUUCUGGACAGCGCCCGCCCCAAGUUCAGUUCUGGCGUCAAGACCAUUGUUCGAGAUACCACGGCUCUUUUCAACGUAGCGCCCGCCCGCCUCACGAUUACGAGAAUCGCCCCCGACCUCGCAGGACUGGAUCCUAAGCACUACUCGCUCACCAUUGAGGGAACGCAGUCUCUGCAGUCGGCUCUCGACGAGAGGGCCACCGGCAAAGAGAGCUUUUCGGGCCGCUUCCCCAAGUCUAUUAAGACCAAGACUUUUGAAUACGGCGCACCGCUCCGAGUCAAGUGGCGAGCCCCCGCAAACCACAGCAAGGAAGACUGGAUUGGCCUGUACAUGGUCACGGACAAUCGCUCUCGAGAAACGACGGAAGUCUCCUCUCUCGGUAGAUGGACGCCCACAUGCACUGGCGCCUACGAUGCCUCGACAGCGGAGACUAGCAUUACUGUUCCGGAACAUCCAGUGCCCAAGGCCGAUCCUUCAGACCCUGACAUGGUGGAGGGCGAGGUUGUUUUCCAGGGAGACAAGCUGUGGUGGACGCAAGGUGUCUUUGAGUUCAGAUAUCACCAUGAUGGACGCCACACUGUCAUGAGCAUCUCGGAGCCGUUUGAGAUUCGCAUCAGCAAGUUUACCGAAGAUGACGUUGAUGCUGAUGUCCGUACCAAGGCCGUGCUUGCCAAGGCUGUCGAAUCGGCUCUGCUACCCAUUGUCCAAAACUGCUUGGACCGCGACGAUGACAUUGCGCCAAGCACUGUGGAUGAAUCCUUCGGCAGCCACGUGGAGCGAGAUGGCAAGUACGCUAAGAGAAUUGUCUAUGCCAUCCGGGAGAUGUUUGGUGUGGAGUUUGCACCAGCUGUUGUUCUUGCGGACCGCAGCGUGAGGAAGCUAGCGUGGAGAAUCUGCAACGCCAAGGAGGUUCUGGCACCGUACAGCAUGUCCCACUCGAAGGGUACCGCGACGCCAGCAAACGAAGAAAUGUCGAAAUGAUGAUGGAUUUCUUGCAUGUUCAUGUCCUUAAUGACAGGAUAUAAAGAUAGAGGUGGCGCAAGAUGGUCAAAAAGUUAUGAUACC